CCUUCUCUCCUCCUCUCUCUCUGUUUCUCUCUUACGCCUCUCUCUCCACCUCCUUCUCUCCUCUGGUUGUCACAGUAACCGCCAUCAGAUUAUCGUGUUACCAUGGGAACGGGCUUUCAUCUGUUUCUGCUCAAAGAUCAAGUCGAUCAUUUUAUCAUUGGCUUUUUCUUUUUAAUCUGUCAGGUUGAUCAAUAACAGUCGAUGACGUAAUUCUACUUCCUUUUUGUGCAGGAAGUCAUUGAGAAAAAAGCUGCUGAUCAGCGGAUCUGCUCCGUCCUGCUCCCCUCUUCACCUCCUCCGUCCUGCUCUCCUCUUCUCCUCUUUUUCGCCUCCUCUUCUUCUCCGUCCUGCUCUCCUCUUCUCCUCUUCGCCUGGUCUUCUUCUUCUCGUUCUCUUCCUCCGCUCCGCGGGAGCGAUGCUCCCGCCGGGCCUGGCCGGCCUCGUCGCUUUAUCUCCGGGCUGUCAGUAGAUCGGCGGGUCGGUGCAGGUCGCGUCUCCAUCAUGGUGCAGAAAUCCCGGAACGGCGGGGUGUUCCCCGGAGCGCAGGCCGACCAGAAGAAGCUGAAGGUCGGCUUCGUAGGUCUGGAAGCAGGUGGAACCGAGUCCAGCAGGGACGGAGCUCUGCUGAUAGCAGGUGGGGAGGAGGGUCCUCGGCGGCAGCGCAGCAGCGUCUCUGGAGGAAAGAAACCUCCGAAAAGAAACGCCUUCUACAGACGACUGCAGAACUACCUGUACAACGUCCUGGAGAGGCCACGAGGAUGGGCCUUCAUCUACCAUGCAUACGUGUUCCUGCUGGUGUUCUCCUGUCUGGUUCUGUCUGUGUUCUCCACCAUCAAAGAGUAUGAGAAGAGUUCAGAGGACGCUCUCUACAUUCUGGAAGUGGUGACCAUCGUGGUGUUUGGGGUGGAGUACAUGGUGAGGAUCUGGGCUGCAGGUUGUUGCUGUCGGUACAGAGGAUGGAGAGGACGACUCAAAUUUGCCAGAAAACCAUUCUGUGUCAUUGACAUCAUGGUACUGAUAGCGUCCAUCUCAGUGUUGGCUGCAGGGACUCAGGGGAACGUCUUUGCCACUUCAGCCAUCAGGUCGCUUCGUUUUCUUCAGAUUCUGAGGAUGAUCAGGAUGGACCGCCGCGGAGGAACCUGGAAACUUCUGGGAUCAGUGGUCUAUGCCCACAGCAAGGAACUGAUCACAGCCUGGUAUAUCGGCUUCUUGUGUCUCAUUCUGGCCAGUUUCCUUGUUUAUUUAGCAGAAAAAGAAGACAAUGAACAGUUUGAGACAUAUGCAGACGCCCUCUGGUGGGGACUGAUCACCUUGACAACCAUUGGUUAUGGGGACAAGUUCCCGAUCACCUGGAACGGACGCCUACUGGCUGCAACCUUCACUCUGAUCGGAGUGUCAUUUUUCGCUCUUCCUGCUGGGAUCCUGGGCUCUGGUUUUGCUCUGAAGGUUCAGGAGCAGCACCGACAGAAACACUUUGAAAAGAGACGAAACCCAGCUGCUGGACUCAUACAGGCAGCGUGGAGGGUUUAUGCCACAAACCUCAGCCGAACCGAUUUGACUUCAACCUGGGAUUAUUAUGAGAGGACCGUUUCUGUCCCCAUGUACAGGUUGAUUCCACCUCUCAACCAGUUGGAUUUAUUGAGGAACCUCAAGAACAAAUCAGGACUCUCAUUCAGGAAGGACGUCCAGCCUGAACCGUCUCCCAGUCAGAAGGUCAGUCUGAAGGAGAGGGUCUUCUCAUCUCCUCGGAGUUCAGGAACCAAAGGGAAAGGUUCUCCUCAGCACGUGGUUCCUACAGUUGGCCCUGGUGUUGCUUCUGGUGUGGGUCCUGGAGUGCCUGGAGGUCCAGGAGGAUUGGGUAACAUCCAGGCCCUGCGACGGUCCCCCAGCAUGGAGCCCAGUUUGGAGGACAGCCCCAGCAAGGUUCCCAAGAGCUGGAGCUUUGGAGAGCGCAGCAGAACCAGACAGGCCUUUAAGAUCCGAGGAGCUGCUUCCCGUCAAAAUUCUGAGGUGCUGAUAGAGAUGCAGGACGAAGAGUUCAGGCAGAAGAGCUCACCAGAUGCCAGUCUGCCGGGAGAAGACAUUGCUGACGACAACAAAAGCUGCCACUGUGAGUUCGUCCCCCAGGAUCUGACCCCGGGGUUAAAGGUCACCAUCAGAGCCAUCUGUAUCAUGCGCUUCAUGGUGUCUAAGAGGAAGUUUAAAGAGAGUCUUCGUCCCUACGAUGUCAUGGAUGUGAUCGAACAGUACUCAGCUGGACACCUGGACAUGCUUGCUCGCAUUAAGAACCUGCAGUCAAGGGUGGAUCAGAUAGUUGGCAGAGGAACACCAAUUGCAGACAAGGAUCGCCCCAAAGCAGCCAAUGAGGAACUUCCUGAGGAUCCAAGCAUGAUGGGACGUUUGGGAAAGGUGGAAAAGCAGGUCUUGUCCAUGGAGAGGAAAUUGGACUUCCUGGUUAACAUCUACAUCCAGCGAAUGGGAAUCCCUCAGGCUGAAACUGACGCCUACUUUGGAUCUAAGGAGCCAGACCCAGCGCCACCCUACCACAGUCCGGUGGAUCAGCUGGAGAAAAGCCAGUCCAUAGCCAAGAUCCUCCAGGUGAUACCUGGUGACCAUGUUGAGAAGAGUCGUUCUGUGUCAAAGAUGGUCCGCUCCAGCAGCUCCACUGGACACAGGAACUACAACACUCCAACUUGUCCACCCUCCACAUCCUGGCAGCCAAUAAGCUCCCAGCUCCACCAGCAGGCCCAGCCCCCUCUGCAGCAUAGCCACGGCAACACACCGAGUCCAGUGGGGGACGGGUCACUGGUUAGGCUCCCACCUCCUCCUGCAGGAGAGAGACAUGGCGGGAACCGAUCGAACCGACACAGCACUGGAGACCGGGGGGGUACAGAGAGACCUGAGAAGUGCAGAGAGGGGACUAAUGGUAAUGGAGGAGGCGAGGACGUGAAGCCAGACAGCGACACCUCCAUUUCCAUCCCCUCCGCAGACCAUGAGGAGCUGGAGCGCUCCUUCAGUGGCUUCUCCAUCUCCCAGUCCAGAGAGAAUCUGGACUUCCUUAACAAUGGUUUCUACUCAUCCUCUGCUAACCUUGGAGACCACCAGGGAGGAGGAGGAGGAGGUGCCACCCGCUGCGCCACCGUCCGGCCGUACAUUGCAGAGGGGGAGUCGGACUCCGACUCGGAGCUCUGUGCACCCUCUCCGCACUCAGACCAGGCCUGGACCGGAACCAAGUAGAGUUGAAGUUGAAAUUUGAGCAGAAACCAGCAGAACUGUUAAAAUAAAACAAAUGAUGUUAAAACUGGACAGAGUGCAAGACAGCAGCCUGAGUUACAGUGAAGCAUCGUGGGAACUGUGGACAGCUGGAGUUGCAGUGAUGCAUCAUGGGAAUUAUAGUGUCACUGUGGUUUUAUUCAUAUGAAUGUUUGAAACUGUAACUGAUUGAUUCACUUGUAGGGCACACUCACACCUGAUUGGUUGCUUGACUUCCUAUUCAAGACUCUCCAUGAUCAUGUCCCUCCGCUGUUAAAUUUAGUCAUUAUAUCUUGAGGAACUUCUGACUUACACAUCACAACACCAACAGAUCCUGUCGUUGUUUUUCAUUUUUUUUGUUUGGUAAUUGUCUGUAUUUCCUGUACAGAGCGCCAAGAGCGUCUUCCUGAGCUUUCAGCUGCAACCUGAACUUCUCUGCAGGUAAAUGUUGAAGGUGCACUACACAGGAUAUGUGGACUCAAACAACAACAAAAUGUGCUCUGGUGUCUGUAUCUGCAGCUCCACCCUCAUCACCAUCACUCAGGUGCCCUUUAUCAAGGCGCUUCACCACAACUGCUCAUGUGCAGCUGCUGAUUGGCUGCAGGUCAGACUGUGGUUGUACUGAGCAGCUUCCAGGUGUGAAUGUGAUCAGGAUGCUCCUGAAACAUAAAGUUGUGCUUUCUGUGAACUCUCCCUGAAUAAAUAGAAGUAAAAAAGAAAAGACACUCUGACCCAGACCCUCAGGAACCGCCAAUGUGGCCUAGUGGUCAACAUAACAUGAUGACCAGGUGCCCAACAAAGACUUUAUAUCCCGAAGCUUACGUAAUGAAAGAAGUGGCUGUAAAACGCGUCACAACCUGCUAAGAACCAAGUCUGUGAGAUUCGCACGGGGGAAUUAUUCUGUCCCUGAACAGGAAGUUACCCGCUUUUUUAGCUUCAUGUAUUAUUCAGCAGCUUUUAAAAGAAAUGACCUGAGCUCCGCCUCCAACACUGUAUCCAGAUCAUUAUAGAUCCAUGCUCUGCCCCCUGCCUGCAGAUCAUUACUCUGCUGUGUUCAGGAGGUUUUAUUUGGUGUCAACCAUUGGUCAGAGGCUGUGUGUCUUAGCCAAUAACAGUGUGCGCAGGGUGGGACUCAGUGAAAUGCAUGUAUAACAUUUAAACUCGAUUCAAAGACACCACGUCAUUUAAACUCAAGUCAAAGAGACUUUAUGCUACGCUGCUUUUAGUUGAAACUUUUUUUGUCUUGCAGUUUUGUCUCUGGCCAAGUCUCCUGUUAAUCCAUCACGAGCUACCCAUUAAACUGAAAGUUUGAUUCCAUGCCAACAGAUGCAGUAUGCAUUGUCACAACACACGUUUCAUGCUAGUAUGCAGUAUGAAACUGUUAACUGUGUUUUGCUGUGUGCCAGGCUCAGCCUGUUGUGGAAACUGGAAGUAAUCAUCAGCACCCUAACAACAAACCCCCACUGUGUAGCAAGGACACCGGCUGGUUAGCUAGCGACCCUUGCAGGGGUUUGUGAAGUCAGGUCUCCUCCGUUUGUGAAGCUUCUCAACUCUGAAACAUUGCAUCAAAUUUAGUGAUAAUCAAUUCAUUAAAAAAAAAAAAAAA